GGAGGAUUCCCCCAGUGAGAAAUGGGGAAGCAACUCAUGAUUUAUUGAUGGGCGGAGGGAACUGUAAUUUAGCGGUGAUGAGAACCGCAAAUUCAAUACAAAAAAGCCAUACAGAGCCUCUGGAAAGGAGAGGAAUGCAUGGAAGCUCAAGGCCUUCAUUAUCUUUGUUGGGAAACUCAGCUGUAACUCCGAUUCUCUUCCAUCAUAAGGCCCCCUUUUAAUUUGUUGCGGGCAGAGUCUCGGGUCGGAUCAAUCGAUUGAGGGGACUCAAGUCCGGCUAGCGAUUGAUGGCCAUUCUGAUUGUCAGUCCAUUUUUUACGUGCU